GCCAGGUCAAAGCACUUGGCACACUUAUCCAAAAGUUCAUACAGUACUUCAAUAUAACAAACAUUGGGACGUUGGAGCAUGGGGCAAUAAUGCAUUAGCAGAAGAUCCGUUAGAAUAUUUCAAGUUACAUUUGGCCGAUAUACCUGAUGAGGAAAAACCUAACCUACCUCGAGGACUGAAUUAUCGAAAAGCGAUUACAGAUUUUCUCAAAAAAAUGUUGAUAUUAAUCGAAGAAACUCUCACCAAAAGAUGGGAUGGAAUAAAAAUGUGUCAAGUUCGAUAUGUUUUUACUGUACCAGCAGAAUGGCGACCAGAAAAAAUUGGAAUUUUUCUAAACUGCAUAUAUGAUACUAAAAUCAUUGAGAAAUCUUACAGCUUAGAAUUUACUACUGAACCUGAAGCAGCUGCUCUUUAUUGCAUGGAAAAAUCGAAUGAGUAUAAUCUGUCAAUAGGAG